UGCAUUUCUAUCUGAAUCUGUGGGGUUCCUGUUCAUGAAUGCAUUAGCAGUUACCUGUAGACUGCUUUUAGUCAGAAGGUAUCUAACAACAAGUCUUUCACAGGUUGCUUACACUUUUGAUGCUGGGCCGAAUGCAGUACUAAUUUCACAUAACAGAAAAGCUGCUGCACUUUUGCUUCAGAGGCUUCUCUUUUACUUCCCUCCUCAGGCAGACGCUGAUCUAAACAGUUAUGUUAUUGGUGACAAAACGAUAUUACAAGAUGCUGGCAUUCAGAACGUGAAGGACAUAGAAGCUCUAACUCCACCUCCAGAAAUCAAGGACAACACUCAAACCCAGAAAUACAGAGGAGAUGUCAGUUAUUUCAUCUGCACUAGACCUGGGAGAGGUCCUGUGGUACUAACCGACGAAAGUCGAUCUCUUAUUAAUCCUGAAACCGGGCUGCCCAAGUGAAGAAGGCUUGAGCAUUUGAGGUUUGAAUGUGUUUUAACCAGGCGAAAUUGUUGCCUUUUUUCUUUGUAUUAUGUUUAGUGUGUUACUGCUAUUACAUGGUUCAGUUUCUUGGACAAUUUGUAAUCUUAAUAUCAGGUUCUGUUUUUGCUACAUUAUCAAACAAAUUUGUGUAAAACAUCGGUAACAAAUAAAUUCUGGUUAUUGAGUUUUUCA